AUGGCGGCCAAUUACUGGGCGUCGACACAACGUCGACACUGGCUCUUCUCCCGAGAGAAGCUGGCAGAGAUCCGGGAGAACUUUAGAGAAAGGGACAAAGUCGCCCAUACCCAGUUUCCUUUGCCGGAUCAGAGGUUGCUGAAUAUCUAUUUCAGUCAACGUAAGAGAUCAGAGCUUUGCCCUCCACUCACCAUGCCAACAGAACUCAUCAAGCUGGGCAAGAGGAUGUCGACUAGACAACAAGCCCUGGCGACAGCACAGGUCUAUGUCAAGCGAUUCUACACCAAGAACGAAAUAAGACACACAAACCCAUAUCUGGUGGUGACCACUGCCUUCUAUCUGGCCUGUAAAAUGGAGGAAUGCCCCCAGCACAUUCGCUUUGUCGUGGGGGAAGCUAGAGGUCUCUGGCCAGAGUUUAUUGCCCCAGAUGUGUCGAAACUAGGAGAGUGCGAGUUCUCCUUGAUCUCGGAGAUGAACUCGCAGCUCAUUGUGCAUCAUCCGUAUCGGACGUUAUCCGAACUGCAACCCGAGCUGUCACUUACAUCAGAUGAAGUUGCUCUUGCAUGGUCCGUCAUCAACGAUCACUAUCUCACCGACUUGCCGCUGCUAUACCCGCCUCACGUCAUUGCCGUUAUGGCAAUUAUUGUUGCAGUGGUUUUCAAGCCUAGUCAGACGAGCUUCCACGGGUCAGCAGCACCGUUGGCCAGCGCAAUGCGCGAUGGGGGCAUGAACAUCCUCGCGGCAUUGGGAGAUAAGAACGGCAACGGGCCACCUCCCCGAAUUCAGAGACUAAUCGCAUGGCUCGCUGAGAGCGAAGUGGACAUCAAAGCCGUCAUCGAGUGUACGCAAGAGCUGGUAUCGCUGUACGAGGUCUGGGAGCAGUACAGCGAAAAGCACUGUAAAGAGCUUCUUGGUCGGAUGGUCAAGAGCAAGAAUCUGGACAAAUGA